GACGACAUAAGUGAUUAGUUGGUGCAAUGUUUACUAAGUAAGAAAGCUCAUCUAUAUCUCACCUGAAGUCUACCUGUCAAAUUGCCGCUUGAGUAACCUGACCUAGAUCGCUCACCAUGACCAAGCUUAAAGCACGCCCCGUUGUGGAUUACACAGCCAUGGAAGGGACCAUGGCCGACUCGAAGAAUGCCGUGUCUCCCGCUGAUGAGCAGACCUAUGUCCAGAAAAACACCCCUGAUGAUGAUGGGGGGUCGUGUGGAUGGGGACCAUUCAUACCCAGCUGCUGUCAACGCUUCAGGAACCCAAAAUGGGUAUUAUUCUGGCUUUGCUGGGCAGGAGCAAUACAGGGUAUGGUGGUCAAUGGGUUCGUCAAUGUGGUGAUAUCUAAUAUCGAGAGACGCUUUGAGAUCAGCAGUACCCAAUCAGGCACGAUAGCCAGCUGCUAUGACAUUGCUUCAGUUCUCUGUCUUAUACCGGUCAGCUACUUCGGAGGUCUCGGGAUCAAGCCCAGAUAUCUUGGCGUUGGAAUAUUUAUUCUUGGAGUUGGUUCCUUUGUGUUCGCAUUGCCCCAUUUCACAACACCCCUGUACACUGUUCAGAGGACUCAAGAGAACAUUUGUCGGAUCGGUGGCAACACUACUGGGACAUGUGACACAGGUUUAACAGAGUCUUUGUCGGAUUACAAGUAUGUGUUCUUCCUGGGCCAGCUGCUACACGGGGCAGGGGCGUCACCUCUCUACACCUCUCUACUUGCCUCUAAGGCCGAUUUCUAUGUUGGAAUCUUCUACUCCUUUGCUAUCAUUGGUCCAGCAAUUGGCUAUAUGGCAGGUGGCGAGUUCCUUAAGAUUUUCACAGACACUGGUGCCAUCGAUACAUCCAGUCUCUCCAUUACGACUGACAACCCCCGCUGGGUUGGGGCAUGGUGGAUUGGCUUCCUGUUUAGCGGCGCCCUUGCUUUCUUUGUUGCCGUCCCUCUCUCUGGAUUCCCGCGAGCUCUGCCAGGCUCCAGCAAGUAUAUAGCAGAGCGGGGCAAGGAGGUCCACAAGGGCAGCAGUGAAGAUGAGGCUAACAAGAUAGGCAAUAAGAGAGGGAUCAAAGACAUAUUACUCUCCAUCAAACUACUUGUGAGCAAUCCAACGUUCAUGUUCCUCAACUUUGCAGCAGCCAGUGAAGGCAUCCUCCUCAGUGGAUUCUCUACAUUUGCUCCCAAGUUCAUCGAGGCUCAGUUCAGUUUGCCAGCUGCAAGUGCGGCCCAGUUUGUUGGUUACGCAGCCAUCCCAGCGGGUGGAGGUGGCACAUUUCUCGGAGGUUACAUCGUCAAACGCUUCAAUAUGAAGGUGUCCGGGAUCAUCAAGUUUUGUCUUGGUGCUACAAUAAUCGUCCUAUUUGUCGCCUUAGUCUUCUUGAUCAACUGUGAAAAUGUCCCUUUUGCUGGUAUCAAUGUCAAAUACAACACCAGUGCCAAUAACAUGGAGUUAGGAUUCCUGGGCAAGAAUUUGGACAACACAUGUAACAGUAACUGUGCGUGUACGGAGGACGACUACCACCCAGUGUGUGGCCGGGACGGACUCAUGUACUUCUCCCCCUGCUAUGCUGGAUGUCAGGUGUCUGAGAGUGGCAGUGUCAAGCGUUACUCGAACUGUUCCUGUAUCAACAGUAAUACUUCAGAUUACAUGGCAGAGUUUGGCAAGUGCGAGACAUCUUGUAUCUGGUUACCUCUCUUCAUGCCGUUCUUCGCCAUGAUGAUGCUACUCACCUUCAUCACCAGCAUGCCUGCUCUGUCAGCAACACUCAGAUGUGUGCCAGAACAACAGAGGUCAUUUGGUCUGGGAAUACAGUGGAUCAUAGCUCGUUGUCUGGGUUCCAUCCCAGGACCAAUCCUAUUUGGGAAGAUGAUUGAUCUGACCUGUCUGCUGUGGCAGAAGAAAUGUGAUGGUGAUGGUGCUUGUUUUUUCUAUGACAACAGAAAAAUGAGUUACUAUCUUCUGGCACUUGGGUUGUCCCUGAAAGGAUUGUCAUCUCUGUUCUUCUUUCUGGCUCUUGUGAUGUAUAAGAAACCCCCUGGAAGUAUUGAAGAAGUCGGACUGAAUGACAACACGUCCAUGUCAGCUGUAUCUUCAACCAGCCGAACAACGCUCAAUGCUCAGCCAAAUGGCACUGAAACCAAUGUUGUGAUUAAAGUUCCUGACAGCGUUACCAAUGGAACUGCUAAGUCCAAUGGAAGUGUUGUUAAAACAAGUCUAUAGUUGGUAUCCUAAAGCUCUACUUAAGACAGUAGGUAGUACAGAUAGGGAUAUGUUGUGUUUGUAAAUAUUAGUGGAUUAAUUGUACAGUGAAAAAUGACAUUAAGAGCAUAUUCAGGGUCUUCCACUUGUUGCCAGUGUUGUACAAGAGAACUAUCUUUCAUUAAGGUCAUCACUGUGUCUCAUAUUAAUGCCAGCAAUUAAACAUUGAUCAUGCACAGACUAACAAUACACUAACAGAGGAAUCCUUGAAGGUGCAACAGAGGAAUCCUUGGAGGUGAAUCAGAGAAAUCCUUAUGGAUCCAGAUGGUUCCACUGACAGUGCAACAGAGGAAUCCUUGGAGGUGCAACAAAGGAAUCCUUGGAAGUGCAACAGAGGAAUCCUUAGAGGUGCAACAGAAGCAUCCUUGGAGAUCCAGAUGGUUGCACUGACAGUGUCAACAGAGGAAUCCUUGAAGGAAAAGAUGCUUCUAUGUAAUGUUGUCACUUGUAACAACUAUAUGUCAAAUAAUAUUUUAAUAUUGUGAGCUGAAAUGGAAAUUUUGCAGGAGACACUUUUAAAACAGUUUUGUAAAGAGAUUAUUGUGACAAUAAUCCAAUCAUUAUUUAGUAUUCUUGUGCUGGUAUGAAUUCAAGAGAUUUAUCUCGGCAUUCUCAGAGGCUGAAGUGUUCUGCAAAUGUGGGUAAAAAUUCCCAUUUUUUUUCCAAAACUGGCACUCAGUUUAAGAGACUGGCUACAUCCCAUCUUUUCACACAACAGUUUUUAGUGAUAAUGAUUUCUGGCUGUUGUUGAUCAUUGCAUGAUCCAGAACAUGAGGAUAUUUCUAAUUCAUACUGGCGGUGGAGGUUGCCAGUAUCUAAGCGUGGUAAGGAUAUCUUGGUUAAUCUUAUGGACUAUUUGAUGUGCUCAAUGGUUGCUUUG